AUCUCACCCUCUGUCGGUUUUACGUUUCAAACGAACACAGCAAGGUCACUCUGUGGCAAGGUUGACUAUUUUGUGUGGCAAUUACUUUUGCAGAUUUCUUAGGCCUAAUCUUGCCGUGCUAUGGAGCUGCCAAAGUCUACGUUUUCAGGCUUUUUGUUUUCCUUCCAGCUGUUGUUGAUUAUCUUGUACGGUGCAUGUGUUGACCAUGACAUUUACGACAAAAAGCAAGGCAUCAUUUCUGGCUACUACCCAGUAUUUCAGGACGUCCAUAUCAUGCUGUUUGUUGGUUUUCCAUUUCUGAUGACCUUUCUCAAGCACCAUGGAUUUAGUUCUUCUGGGUAUACGCUCAUAAUCGGAGCAAUGAUAAUUCAAUGGGGAAUGUUGGUCACUGGAUGGAUAUCAAAUGCUGCCUCAGGGGUCCCUCACCCAAUCAAAGUAAAGAUUAACAUCAAAAGCAUGCUGGCUGCUGAAUUCAACACGUGCACAAUACUAAUCACAUUCGCUACUAUACUGGGCCAAGCAAGUCGUGUACAGUACCUCUUUGUGGCUAUUGUUGAAACUGUUUUCUUUAAUGUCAAUGAAAUGAUUUUAUCCCAUUUUCUGGUCAUCUCUGAUGCUGGUGGCUCGGUCGUUAUUCAUAUGUUCGGCUGCUAUUUCGGGCUCGCUGUUGCAAAAGCAUUUGAACGUGACGAAACAACGAAAGAAGAAAGCCCAAAGGAAUCAUCAACAUACAACUCAGAUCUUAUCGCCAUGCUAGGUACAUGCAUCUUGUGGGCGCUUUGGCCAAGCUUCAACAGCUCCUACUUAGGCCCAAGCGGUCAGCAAGCGCGAGUCAUUAUUAACACUUAUCUGUCAUUGGCAACAUCAUGCGUUGUGACGUAUAUCAUUUCUCCGAUGCUCAGCAAGGAUGGAAAGCUAAAUAUGGUACACAUCCAGAAUGCAACGCUAGCCGGUGGAGUGGCAGUAGGGACUGCUUCUAACUUGUUUCUGAAACCCUGGGUUGCAAUGUUGUCUGGAUUUGUUGGUGGGUUUAUCUGUAUGAUUGCUUUCCACUAUUUAACCCCAUAUCUACGCCGAUCAGCAGGCAUUCAUGACACAUGUGGCGUGCAUAAUCUUCAUGGCCUUCCUGGCAUCUUCUCUGGUAUCGUUGCUGCAAUUUUCGCUGCUACAGCAGAAAUCAGCGAGUAUGGGGAGGAUCUCUAUGCAAUAUGGCCCGCAAGAGCUCCAAAACCUGGAACGGCAGAAUUUCUGCGUCUUAGUCGGAAUUAUACAUUGCCUCUUAAUGGAGUUGGUCGGUCAAAAGGAGAUCAAGCUGGCAUGCAGCUGGCUGCAAUAGCUGUUACCAUCCUUAUAGCGAUUUUCGGUGGCCUUAUGACAGGCUACAUCGCUACUUUACUCGACACUCCCAUCAAAGACCAUCUGUUUGAUGACAAAGGAUCUUGGGAGAUUUCAGAAUGUGAGGAACCGUUGACAAAAAAAAGCGAGGCUGAAGAAACUGCCAAAGUUAAACCUUCCAGUACUGAGGACAUGGAGCUUGCAGAUAUCAACACAGAAUUCAAGACUGAAAGUACAAAGAUGUGAUAAAGUACCAUACUCAAACCCUUAAUAACUUAAAGAUUUGCCAAAGUGUAAUAGCUUUUACUAAUUAUAUGUAACCAAAGAAUGCUUGAACAUGUUGUCUUUGACUAAAA